UGCAGAGAGUUACAGCGACAGAUAAACACUUCAUUUUCUUUCUGGCAGAUUUGAAAUAGAUACCAGCUAUGGAAAUGGAAUCCGGAAUGGACCUGAUCCAUGGUUCUGGGAUCCAGAUGGUACAGUACCUUCAGAACAACUACAAGGAUUCCCAGAAUUUGUUCCUGUUCAUCUCAUUCGCUGCAGAUUUACGAAACACCUUCUUUGUCUUUUUCCCAAUCUGGUUCCAUCUCUGUGAGUCGGUGGGCAUCAGACUCAUCUGGGUGGCUGUGAUUGGUGACUGGUUGAACCUUGUCUUUAAAUGGAUUCUUUUUGGACAAAGACCAUAUUGGUGGGUCCAGGAAACAUCUUUCUAUAGCAACUCUUCAGUUCCAGUGGUUGAACAGUUCUCAGUUACAUGUGAAACUGGACCAGGAAGUCCAUCUGGACAUGCAAUGGGCUCAGCGGGUGUUUACUAUGUGAUGGUCACUGCAGUUCUAACCCUCCUGCUUCAGAAACAACAGCAGCAGUUCAAGAAACGGUGUUAUCAGAUCCUAUUCUGGCUGAUAUUCUGGGGAGUUCAACUCUGUGUCUGCUUGUCCAGGGUCUUCCUGGCAGCUCAUUUCCCCCACCAGGUCAUCGCUGGGAUCAUUUCAGGUAUGGCAGUAGCCAAAGCAUUCAAUCACAUCCAUUCAAUAUACAAGGCAAGUCUGAAACGAUACCUCUGCACCACCCUCUUUCUAUUUACCUUUACUCUUGCUUUUUACCUGAUACUCAAAGUCCUUGGUGUGGAUCUUCUGUGGUCAGUACAGAAAGCGAAGAUGUGGUGUGCCAAUGAAAACUGGAUUCACAUUGAUACCACUCCCUUUGCUGGCCUGCUAAGGAACCUGGGGACCCUUUCUGGGUUGGGACUGGCUCUCAACUCACAACUUUAUGUUGAAAGCUGUAAAGUGAAACAACGGCAACAGAUCACCUAUAAACUCAGUUGUAUUAUGUUGUCUCUGAUAGUUGUAAAUGUAUUUGACUCAUUCAAGCCAUCAGCAAAGAUUGAAUUGUUGUUUUAUUUCCUGUCCUUCUGCAAGAGUGCAGUUGCACCUUUGACAACUGUUGUGAUUAUCCCACACUGUCUCUCUCAAGUCUUAAACAUACAAGGUAAGAAAUUCCAAUAGCACAUGAAACAAAUACCACAGCUAUAUUUGCCACUAUAGCCUUGUUAAAACUUUUAGGAUUCUAACACAACAAGCCAUCAUUACUCUAAAUAAUUGGUAAUGUGCUGGAUAAGUUACCUGUCACAGGUAUUGUCAUGUUCAGAUCCUUGGUUUGCUUUAACUCUAUAAUUGUGAAAUAAGCAUAAGUGGAAAUGCUGGAAGCCAGUGGACUACAGAAAGGGGAAAUUUGCAAAGUCAUAAAUAUUUGACACCACUUAAAAAUAUGUGUCAAAUGUAUGGUGACUUGACUUUACAGUCUGAACUUUAGAGUGACUAAUGCCUCAUAUAUUUUCUACAUUUAAGUGGAAAGAAAAACUUACAAUUUUGUUCACAGAAGCAAGAGAAAAAAGAUGCACGUGAGAGUGUUAGUGUGUAACGCACUAAGGCUGAACUAAGUGUGUUAUGCCAAUGAAGACUUGAAUUGAUGGAGAGAAUGUUAUACUCCUUUGUGGGUUCCUUAUGUAAGACCAAGUUCUUAAUGUUUAUAAGAAAAUGUUUAGCUCAUUUUAUUCUUUGGGGCUACUGUGGAGAUGUCAGAAAUAUUAAAAUGAACUAAUAUGUUUCACAGAACAAGCUGUACUAGGAUGUGAUACUUUGUGGCAUCAGUUUCUGAUACCAUAAUAAUGUUUAUUGCUGAUUUUGUACAAUUUCCAGAAGAUUUUUUAUAAGUCACCACUGGUGGCAAUAACAAGUAAGUCCAUUUAAAUUCAUGGGCCUUCAAUUUUUGAGGGAAAUUAUAUAUUUAGUUUUGCAGAUUAACUCUACUAGACAGUAAGCAAAAAUAUAAAACAUUAUUUUGGUGUAUUUAUUGCAUUCCUCAAGAUAACAAAUGCAUGAUUUGUUUUUGUUACUAAAUGUAUCUUAUUUCAUACUUUCAAAAUAAAUUAUUUUGUUAAAAUAGCUGCUUUUUUCAUACAUUCUGUUUGUGAUGCGAUGUAAAAAAGUGUUAUAAAGUAUAAUUAUGAAACAUAAUUCCUCAUUCAACCAAAUAAUAACUGAUGCUUAUUUAAUAGUAUCUUGGAAUGGAGCAUAUUCAGACAGAUCUGCUGACUGAAUAUUAGGAAUCAGUAGCUUGAUAGUAUAAUAUAAAUACAUAAAAAAUGAAAUUUAAAAUACACUGUACUGUGGAAAACAUUUCAUUGAGCUGCACAGGCAAUCUUAAGAAUAACAACACCAACUAGUAGGGGGCCAAUACACUGUACAGAACUUACUACAUUAUACUCAUUCUGUUGAGUUUUAUUAUGGAUAUGCUAUGACCAGUUCUCUGAAACAAAUUCAGCCCCAGUCAGUUCAAUAAAUGGAGCUUUCAUACUCCCCUUUUUCCUAUGGAAGCAUUGUUCUAAACACCUCUCAUUUAAGGGGGUGCAUCCUAUACCCCUACAUAAUUAUAGCAAAACUAUAGAGAGAGUUAGAAUUUCUAAAGUUGGACUCUUAAGUUGUCUGAUUUUGAUUGAAUGAGGCUAAGUGAAAUGGCCCUUGACCAAAAGAAUAAAUAAUAUGUACUGUAAUUACAAAACAAACUGAUACCGUUACUUAAGAAGGACUGUGAAAUCUGAAAAGAAAGAAAGAAAGAAAAUGGCAUUCAUAACAGAAGUAAAUCUUUUACAAUCCCUCAAAUGUUGGAGCUAUUACAACUUACUUACCAUGAUGUUGCCGUCUAGCUAUGUCUGCUGAUGUGUACAGCCUUGUAAUGCAUGGAAGACAUUAUUAAUGUUCAUUGUCAGAAUAUUAUUGUGCUGGAUUCAGACUUGAUCACAGAUCCUCACCUAGCUUGGUCAGAAAAGGAAGACGUGUCUCCCACUGUUGCUUCUCAUGAUCAUAUUGUCUUGGUUCAUAACUUCUUAUUAUAUGUUCUGAUAAGCUGGCGGUACUAUCCCAAAUUCACUUUAUGUCUGUUAUUCUAACUACAUUAUUUACUGUAUUACAUUUACCUUUUGAUAUAUAUGUGACACUGCCAGCCCAGCUAUCUGGAAUUUUGUAAAUAAUCAUAUGUCAUUUGUGAAUAUUAAU